AUGUCAUCAGCCUCCCCUUCAAAAGACCCCGAACUCGACCACGAGGUGCAAUCAGGAGAAGAGCAAGAACAGGCAGACAAAGACCAGCAGGAUGUGCACGGGCACCAAGGCGAGUUCGAGGUGAAGGAGCAGGACCGAUGGCUCCCAAUUGCCAACGUGGCACGGAUCAUGAAGCUAGCGCUGCCAGACAACGCAAAAAUCGCUAAAGAAGCAAAAGAGUGCUUGCAGGAAUGCGUGAGCGAGUUCAUCUCAUUUAUCACCAGUGAAGCCUCGGAGAAAUGCCAGCAAGAGAAACGCAAGACAGUCAAUGGCGAAGAUAUCUUGUUUGCGAUGACGUCGCUUGGUUUUGAGAACUACGCUGAAGCUCUCAAGAUCUAUUUGUCCAAGUACCGUGAAACCCAGUCUGCCCGUGGUGACAACCAAAGACCCCCCAGCGCGAGCUACACGGCUGGUGGGCCUGGUGGAGCCGGAUUGGCCCAGACUGAAGGCGCAAAUCAGAUGUUGAAUCCCGAUCUUGAGCAUGGGCAAGAUGCUGCUGCCUAUGGCUAUCCACCCAUGACCGGCCAGUCUCACAAUGGUGCUGGUGGUGAAUCAUACUAA